UUUAUUCACAAAUGGUUUCGGAUUUUGAGAAUAGCAUCGACAGAGAUUCGUCUUUUGAUCUGGGGCUAGACUUUCUAGAAGAUCCCGAGAUUUUGAACAAUAGCACGAGGUUUCAGACGAAUGUUCUUAAGUUGGAAACAAACAGAUGUGUUGAAACUGUAAGAUCAGAAAUUAACGAUGAACGAUUUGGAAAACAAGUUACGGAUACGGAAAUCGAAGAAAUGAAGUCUUCGAAACGCAACAAAAAUACUGCCAAGAACACUAAAUGGGCUUUUAAUAUAUUUGAAACAUGGCGACAACAUAGACAGGCAGAUAACAUUCCAGAAAUACAUAUCAUGGAAAAACCGGCUUUAUCUUUCUGGCUUAUUCGUUUUUUAAUGGAAGUUAGGAACCAGAAAGGAGAGGAGUAUCCCCCGAAAUCUUUAUAUCUAAUCAUGUGUGGACUUUUGAGACAUUUGCGCGAAUGUGGAGUGCACGACAAGAACAUUCUAGAUAAAAAAGACCCUGCGUUCGCAGAAUUAAUAACAAUUUUAGACAGUAAAAUGAAACACCUUUUGGACCAGGGACUUGGCACAAAAACGAAACAAGCUGAUCCAGUAUCUAACGAAGACGAAGAGAAAUUGUGGGAAAAGGGUGUUUUCGGAAUGAAAAAUUCUAAAAGUUUGCAGUACACCGUCUUUUUCUACGCAUGUAAAUUAUUUGGGCUACGUGGAAGAGACGAACACCGAAAUCUUCAGUGUAACCAGUUUGAAAUUGGCGAAGACGACGGUGGACGAUUUAUAAGAUUUAUUGGUCGAGGCUCAAAAACAUACCAUGGUGGACUUGGACAGAUGUCAAUCAAAAACAAAGAUAUCAAACACUACUGUAAACCAGGUCCACGAUGUAUGGCGACUCAUUUCGAGACUUAUUUGAAUGCCCUUGGAAACGAUGGAGAUUUUUAUAGACGACCGCUGCCGUCAACACAGAGUGGAACUAUAAGAUACGGGUACCAGCCUGUUGGUAUAAAUACACUCAACAAAUUCAUGAAGGAAAUAGCUGAAAAGGGGUCAUUACAGGGAAGUUUUACUAAUCAUAGUGGAAAACGCACGUGUGCAACAACUAUGUAUACUGCAGGAAUUGAUGAGCAGGAAAUUAUGGACAGAACUGGCCAUAGGUCAGUAACCGCAGUGCGGAAAUAUAAACAGUCAUCUGAUCAAGUUCGAAAAAUGGUAUCUAAUGUGCUUGAUCCUAAUAAGGAAGAUACUGAUCUCCAUGUCUCAAAAAUGCUUAAAUAUGAGAAAAAUGAACAUUCUUGUAAAACAACAUCAGAUAAGUCUGAAACUACUGUUUCAAAUAACAUUAAGAAAAGACGCGAUGCUCUGACAGAUCUUACAAACCAGUCAGGAAUAGUUAAUUUCACAGGAUGCACUUUUAACUUUUGAGACAUUCCGCUAUAGUAACAAUUUAAGACGUUAAAAAUUAAAAUUAAGAAAAUUAAGAAUUUAAAACAUAAAACAUGUUGAUGUAUGUUAAUAAAAUUCAAUAAAGUUCAUAUUGUUUUUAUUUGCUUCUGUUUGGGCCUCAAACGGGCAGUGCGGUAACUGGAGUGCGGGUAACUAAUACCCGCACUCCAGUUACCGCACGCUACUAUGCUGAAAAUUAAGCCACACCCCUUCACUUACCACACGUGCCCUACUUGGUAUACGAUUUAACUCUGACACAUUUUCAACAGAAAAGUCCCCAAGCUAUG